UAAAAACAUUACAUAGGAUUCAUAGGAUGUAAAGCGGUUUUUCUGGACUUCUUUCUGUUAUAACGGUUCUUUUUGGGGGCACCCCGUAUUAAUACCAUCUGAAAAUCGGAGACCGAUCAGUGGCAACGUCGCGUCUAUUUCAUUCAAGUCUCGAAUUCCACAAAAACAGUAGAUCAGCGCUUGCGGAGUGGUGUAUGUAUUAAAUGCGUGCGAAAAAACACUCGUAAAUCGUCCAAAUACGCGCUCUAAUCUAAUCAAACAAAUAAAUUUCUAUUUAUUUGAACUGUUGUUAUUAUGGUGGUCUCGUAAGUGCCGCCGUAACCGGAUCCAAAAGUGCCUAAAAAGACGGUUUUUAAUUAGGUGAUGUAAAGUUCACAUUCAACCCAAUAUGGCGGACACGUAUUUUCAGGGGGACUACAUAAGACACCCUGUGGUCUACGAAUUGUCUCACAAGUAUGGACUGCCCACCGAGAAUCUUAGUGAUUCUCAGCUUCCAAUCAGGCUGGAGGAGCUUAAGGAGAAUAUUAGAAAGGAAAUACGUAAAGAACUGAAGAUCAAAGAAGGCGCCGAAAAACUGAGAGGAGUGUCGACCGAUAGAAAAUGCCUGAGCCAAGUCGCCUCGAUGGUGAAGAACUCCAACUUCAAACUCACCGAACUGAAGAACGAGCUCAGCGAGUUGGAGUCCCAAAUUAUUUUGUCCCAGGGUCAAACCUCGCCCGCGUCGAAUUGUUUGUUUCCCUCAAACGGAGAUUCCCUUCCACGACUAGGAUCCUCCCCACACAACGACAAAAUGAGCCCAAACCAUUUAAGCAGAAUCGAGAACCUGGAAAAGCAACUAAACAUUGAGCAAAAAGUGAAACAGGGAGCGGAAAACAUGAUCCAGAGUAUCGCCACGUCCAGGGACAAGAAACUACUCAUCGAGGCCCACCAGAUGCUGCAGGAUUCCAAGAAAAAGAUAGAAUAUUUAAAAAUGAAAAUUACCAAGAUGAGACACGACGUAGACCAAAAAUCCCGUACAACUGGUUCGGUUCACGACCUGACCUCUAACGGAGCCGACUUUAACAAUCUGGACUUGGAGCCGGUUUUGGACGAACGAAUUGAAGAUUUAAAGCAUCGGCUUCGGGUGGAAGCCGCGGUGGUAGAAGGCGCCAAGAAUGUUAUUAAGUCGUUGCAGAACGGGUCUAGGGAGAGAGGCGAGAAUAGAAAGGCUUUACAAGAGGCACAAGAAAGUUUGCGUGCCAGCAGUAUGAAACUAGACCUGCUGCGAAAGUCUUUGGAGCAGCGUAAAUCGGAGCUGCCUCCCGAUUCGCCUGCGGCGAUGCUCCUUAAGGAAGAACUGGAUAAGACGCAGACCUUCAGUCCUGCGGCGGUGUCUUACAACAGUUUACAACCCUUCCGGGUUAGAAGCGACAGCGACAAGAUGCAUAACGCGUCGAGUACUAUUAAUAGGUGCGCGGCUGUAACUGGUACUUUAGAAGUAAGAUUAAUGGGGUGCCAAGACCUGUUAGAAGACGUACCGGGACGGCCAAAAAAGGAAUCGGACGGCAGCUCAAGUCCUAUGGACCUCAGGUUUUUCAAAAAAGGUGUUACGGGCAGAAGUUCCUCGAAAAGUUACAGCGUGAAAGAAGACGUGAGUGAUGAAAUAAUGGCAGUGCUAAAACUAGACAAUAACACGGUGGCCCAGACUAGUUGGCGGCAAUGCUCUCAACAAGCCUGGGAUCAGAGGUUUUCCAUAGAAUUAGACAAAUCCCGCGAGCUAGAAAUAGGCGUUUACUGGAAAGAUUGGCGGUCCUUGUGCGGAGUGAUAUUUUUAAAAUUAGAAGAGUUUAUUGACAACGACAGGGACGGGAUGGUCUUGCACCUUGAGCCUCAAGGUCUAAUUUUCGCAGAGAUCAAAUUCCUGAACCCGAUGAUCUCGAAACGACCCAAACUGCAACGUCAGAAGAGGAUUUUCAAGCAAGUGAUGCCGAGGGCCAAACAGAUGAAUAUUAAUAUUGUCACGUGGGGCAGGUGGAUGAAACAAUCGAACCGGGUACCGAGUAGGCAGAAUCUUACUCUGAGUACGCCCGAAAUAUCGCAGAACGAACCUCUCGACGACAAACCAGAAACGCCCGGCGAAUCACCGGAUCCGAACUCGUUCGGGUUAAGCGGACAACGCCCGCUGGGCGUGGCGCCGUUACCGGUGGCCCCGCCCAAGGUGCCUCGCAGUUUCUCGGGCUCCCACUCGCAUCCGUCCACGCCGAGUCCGGGUACGGCCAGUACCAACGAGUGGAUCAUUUCACCCCCGACGACGCCUCAGGAGAUGGUCACGACGACGCCCCCUGUGGCGGCCAAGAGGUGGAUGGAACCGCCGCUGGUCUCGCCCCCGCCUAUACCACCACGCUUAGAUCCCGAGAGCGCAGCAGCUCUCCGCGAAUUCGACUUCCUGGAGGAAGAACAGGAGGCGUUCGCGAACGCAACUUUCACUCAAACAGUCGAAAUAAUCCAACCGAACAACGAUUUCUUUUUUGUCUUACCUAGUCCUCAGCCGGUCAUCGAGUUUCCCGACGACGAGCCGUUGUUCGAUCAGGCGCCAGUAGUACUACGUCCACGACCGGUAGCCCGCGAGUUGGGUUACAGGGACAGCGCGUACGAAUCCCGCAGACAGUCCCAGCAACUUGCCCAACCCAGCCCCAAUCAGGGCAUGGGCGUGGACCAGUUCAAGUUGAUCAGUGUUUUGGGCCGCGGUCACUUCGGUAAAGUAAUCCUUUCCCAAUACAAGGUCACCGGGGAGUAUUUCGCCAUUAAAGCGUUGAAGAAGGGCGAUAUCAUUGCCAGAGACGAGGUGGAAUCGCUAUUAUCGGAAAAACGGAUUUUUGAAGUGGCAAACAACAUUCGUCAUCCUUUCCUCGUGAAUCUGUUCGCUUGUUUCCAAACGGACGCGCACGUCUGCUUCGUGAUGGAAUACGCCGCCGGCGGCGACCUUAUGAUGCACAUCCACGCCGACGUUUUUACAGAACCCAGGGCCGUGUUUUACGCCGCCUGUGUAGUUUUAGGUCUGCAAUAUCUUCACGAAAACAAAAUUAUAUACAGAGACCUGAAACUAGACAACCUCCUUCUCGACACCGAAGGAUACGUGAAAAUCGCGGACUUCGGUCUGUGCAAGGAGGGCAUGGGCUUCGGAGACCGGACCGGCACCUUUUGCGGCACCCCCGAGUUUUUGGCGCCCGAAGUCUUAACGGAGACGUCGUACACACGCGCGGUCGACUGGUGGGGCCUCGGCGUCCUCAUCUUCGAGAUGCUGGUCGGCGAGAGCCCCUUCCCCGGCGACGACGAGGAAGAGGUCUUCGAUAGUAUCGUCAACGACGAGGUGCGCUACCCUAGGUUCUUGUCUUUGGAAAGUAUUGCCAUUAUGAGAAGGCUGUUGCGCAAAGCACCAGACAGAAGGCUGGGGUCGAGCGAACGUGACGCCGAGGACGUGAAAAAACAGGCCUUUUUCCGGAACAUCAAGUGGGAGGAACUGCUCCACCGGAGAGUACCCCCGCCAUUUGUGCCUACCAUUCAAUCAUCGGAAGACGUAAGCAACUUCGACGAAGAAUUCACCUCCGAAAAAGCCCAACUAACUCCACCCAAAGAACCUCGAAUCUUAACCAAUCAAGACCAGGCUCUCUUCAGGGAUUUUACUUAUAUAGCGGAAUGGUGCUGACAGUAGUUGAUUAUUGUAAGGUCCGGUGUAUCUUUUUUUUUUGUUUUUAAAAACGAAUUAUUUGUUUAAAUGGCCCUUUUCAAAAUCUGUUUGUUAAUUGAUCGAUCAAUUUUACGAAUAAUUGUUUUUUAUAGCGUUCUUUGUUGAUGAUGGUUAUUUGCUCCAGUUUAGCUCGACAGGUGACAAUAAAAAUGCCGGUUUAUAUAACGAAACGUGCUAAUUGUUUAGAUUUAAGGCUCGCGACGUUCUGCCUAAAAAUCAUACAGGGUGUUUUAGCUAUUUUAUAUUCACUUUUUUUUGGAUCACCUAGUCUUGUUUAAGCAUUGUUAAUUAUUAAAAGUAUAUCUUUUUAUCAAGUGCAUUAUUAAUAUUAUAUUGUAUUGUGUAGAUUUUUACUCAACUACUUUUAUUGUUAAGGAUAAAAACGACUUUUUAUGGAAAUAUUGCCUUCAAGACUGUGAGAUUUUUAAUGGGGGUGUUUUAAAAACUUAAGGAGAGAUUGACAAUAAUUAAUGUGGAAACAUUUUUAAGACACCCCGCGCUAGUUGGAUUUCUUUUUCGAAAGUGCCUGUUACAAAAGCAACUACAUGCUCAUAUUUUUUGUAAAUAUUUUUUUAAAUACUAGUAAAUAUACUAACAUAUAUAGAUUCUAGUAAAGUUCGUUUAGUUCGAAAAGUAAUCGAUACAUAUUUUUCGACGCUUUAAUAUACAUAAUUAUCUACUAUUAGGUUUUAAUACAUACACCCACGGUUGAACUCUCGAUUUUAUUAUUUAUAUAUAUUUUUUUUCUCUUAAUGAUAAGCAUCACUAAGAAUAAUGCCCAUUGUUAUUUGAAUGAUUUAAUAUUUAAAUUAUAUUUUGUUCUAUGCCAAAA